AUCUGUGGUUAUAUACAAAUGCGUCGAAAGUUCAUGUCAUAGAACAACCGCACGGAAUGGUCCCCAGAUCAAGGGGAAUUGCGACGGAUGACGACCUUCGCUUUUUUCUGUUUGGUCGACAGGACAAUGUAAGUUUGGAUGCUAUGGAAUAUCCCAGUACCGAAUAUGACCGUAUUUCUUCAUUUGCUCCAGGUAGUGAGUGGUAACGUGCCGUGUUGCAGUGUAGUGAGUAAGCGUCACUAUACGUCAUGCACUUCUCAUGCACCCCCGAACUUUCAGGGCUCGGCAUGGCAUCAUCAGCCAAGUACCAUACCACGCGGCCCACUCCGUCACACAGGUCGAUACAAAAACCUCAGAUGCAAAUCAUGUGCAUACUACAAAGAUUGUUGGGACGGGUGGUCAAUUUAUGUUUCGUCUGGAAGGAUAUCGGACGACUGCAUGGCUUCUGCACAUCAAGCGCAGCAGCCUUGGCCCGGACGGCAGUUCAUUGGAUAUAGGAACAUCAACAUUUCAUGAUAAUCUGGUUGUGACAGUUAUCGUGCACGAUUCUGAUUUCAAGUUUCUCCCGACCACAAAAGAAGAGGUUAUUG